AUGGACCAGACUCAGUCCAACAGGAGGACAUGGACCAGACUCAGUCCAUCAAGAAGACAUGGACCAGACUCAGUCCAACAGGAGGACAUGGACCAGACUCUGUCCAAAAGGAGGACAUGGACCAGACUCAGUCCAUCAGGAAGACAUGGACUAGACUCAAUCCAACAGGAGGACAUGGACCAGACUCAGUCCAUCAAGAAGACAUGGACCAGACUCAGUCCAUCAGGAAGACAUGGACCAGACUCAGUCCAACAGGAGGACACGGACCAGACUCAGUCCAUCAAGAAGAAAUGGACCAGACUCAGUCCAACAGGAGGACAUGGACCAGACUCAGUCCAUCAAGAAGACAUGGACCAGACUCAGUCCAAUAGGAGGACAUGGACCAGACUCAGUCCUACAGGAAGACAUGAACCAGACUCAGUCCAACAGGAGGACAUGGACCAGACUCACUCCAACAGGAGGACAUGGACCAGACUCACUCCAACAGGAGGACAUGGACCAGACUCACUCCAAUAG